GCUUCUUCCUCCCUCCACACUCAAAUGCAGCUGCGCCAUUCUUCCUUUGUCCUUUGAAGAAGAGAGUGAGACGACUUGCCACAGAGAGAUACCGGUGGGGGCUUUGCAGCUUAAUCGUUGAUCGCGCACCAGUCGGAACUCGCCGUUGUUUACUUAGUACUUUGUCUUAUUUCAGGCGAAGAUAACGAACCUAGCAAGGCUUCGUUCGUUAAUCUGGUCGUCCUAGUGCAUUAUGAGCCAAGCGGAUGCUAACAGCAAAUCUGAGUCUGCCGUAGAGUCGAGCCCAGCACAGAAGAAAAUCAAAAUGGAAGACACUAAAUACCUCCCGGAGCUCCUGGCUGAAAAAGACAGCUUGGAUUCAUCGUUCACGCACGCCAUGAAACUUAUUUCUGCAGAAAUUGAGAGGAUCCAGAAAGGAGAGACCAAGAAAGAGCCAGAGAAGGAAACCUACCUGGAUCUGUUUGCUACCAAGAAUCUCAAACUCAAAGAGCGAGUACUCAUUCCUACUAAACAGUACCCUAGAGUCAACUUUGUUGGUAAGCUUCUGGGACCUCAGGGCAGCACAAUCAAGAGACUCCAGGAAGAGACCGGUGCAAAGAUCUCAGUUCUGGGGAAAGGGUCCAUGAGGGACAAGAAUAAGGAGGAAGAGCUGAGGAAGGGCGGUGAGGCCAAAUACGCUCACCUUAUGGAGCUGCAUGUGUUCAUUGAGGUGAUGGCACCCAUACCAGAAGCCUAUCUGCGCAUGGCUCAUGCCAUGGAGGAGGCAAGAAGUUCCUAA